GGCGCGCACACUCCUGUCACUCCUUAUGCCCAAAGAAACUUUUCCAAUAAGACCAUUGAGUCCAAAUUCAAAUUUGUGUUUCAUUAUCUCCAUUGUGGCACUUUUGUCAGACGUGUUGAGUUUCAGAGUGGAGAGGGAAAUGUGAGCCUGUGUUUGACUGAGUCGGAAGGCAGUGAAGCUAUAGAGGAUGCUGCAGCGUUUUCGCACCUAUUUGUUUUCCACCGCACGCGCUGUCUGAAGGGCGCAGUUGCGCAAUCGCAGAGACAGUUGCGGAAAGUCUGCUAGUUUUCUCACCUCGCGUUCAUGCCGCGAGGAAGGCGGGCGUGUGUGGAGAGGGAAAUCCAUGACUUCCGCGUUUUUCCUCCCUGUCUGAAACCGUGCGCACAGCAGGCUAUAAAAAGCCAUCAUGGUGCUCGUCUCACAUACUCGACAUUCACAUUAAGACGCAGAGUGGGCUGUGUGAUAUCAAGAGGACUGUUUUGUGGCUGUAAACCACUGAACAUCUGGAGCUGUACAACUUUUCAAGUCUUUUAUUCGCUCUAAACUGGACGGCGAGGACAACCUCUCUGAAGCUCAGGCAUCAAACUGCCAAUUAAUGGGACAGCAAGAUAAAGAAAUGGACAUUGAGUCUCUCCAGAAGAGCGGCCGCCGCCGUAGAAACUGCCUGGACGUUUUUCUCGUCGUUUCAGUCAUUAUUCUUUUCGUGGCGGUGACAGCUGUGGCUGCCGGCGGAGUGAUGGUUGUGAUGGAGCUGCGGUCCAAACUGGAGCCCCCGCGUCCGCCUUUUGAGUUUCAGACCUCAGAGCUGACAGGAGACAACCCUAACCCAACAUACAAGAUGGAGAACUUUGCCUAUCUUGAAGCCACCUCAUGCCAGUUAAAAACCUCCACCAUGGAGUGGGCUCCAGUCCACUACGGUGCUGGGAAUUCUGUGGGAAGCAACUUCGUGUUUGACCAGGAGCAGCAUUCCCUUAUGCCUGUAAGAGAGGGGACCUACUUCAUAUAUGUUGAGCUCAACCUCACCUGCACCUCUACCUGCAAUGCUGGCGUCCUCAGCAUACGUGUGGCCGAUGAUAUGGCCGAUAAGCUUACCUGUGAGGUGGAUCUUCCAGCUCAUACAAGACAUGUGAGCAGGAAGUGCUGGACAGUGAGCCAGCUGGAUGGGCAGAAACUGAUCGCUCAGCUGUCUGUACCAAAUGAGGGCCUCCAAAACUGGAAGCUGGAGAUGAGUGGCUCAGGAUUAGGGAUGUUCCACGUGGACUAAUAUGGAAUCUGCAGAGCUGCUUCCAUCAUCAAGAUGCAGAUCCGGCCAUGACCUUUGGGCUGUGACUAAAGAACAAUACCAGCAUGUGCUUUCUUUAAGUACAAGUGGUGAAAAUGGGUAUUUGCCAAAACCACUUUCAAAGCUAUGAUUAGAUUUGCAUACUAAAAGUGCAAGACGAUGAAGCUCAGCAGGACUUUAAGGUGGAAUCUGAAGAGAAGUUGCAUUUACGAUGAUGCAAACAGCAUAUGGAAAAGACUGGACACUCAUUCUGUGUAAAUAUGUAUAUGUUACUCUGUAUCUGAUAUAUUUAUUUGAUAUGAAACUAUUUAUGUAUCUAUAUUUAUAUUUUUAUAGACAUUUAUUUUGAUGUAGAUAUCACUACAUUAGUGUUGAUGUGCAAUACACUGCAAGUCUAAUCAGCCUACCAGUAGCUCUGUUUUCAUUUUAUAAAUGACUAGGGGCAUAAAGUUGAGGCUUUCAAAAAAUGUGAUUGUUAUUGUGCUCCAUAACUCCAACAACCUCCUUAGGACCCUCAUUUAUCCGAUGUUGUUAAAGUCAUUUUAUCUCUUCUGGCAAAUGAUGAGUAACAGCAACAUCCCAUGAAAAUGAUCCUUCUGUAAUCAAAACAUGACCAGAAUAACUGAAAUAUCUGUAACGUGAACUUGUCAAUUAAGAAAAUGUUUUGUGUUUGAAAGAUAUUUAAGUCCUGUGGACAAACUACAAACUGUUGAAUGUAUUUUAUCGGAAUCCAUAUUAAACGUGGAUAUGAACACUGAGAUCACCUUGGUGUGAGAAGUAGAAAA